AUUGAUAAUCGUAUCAAACUACUUGCGCAGACAGUAUACAUGUUACUAAGUGCAUCUGUUCAAAUGUAUACUCCAGAACAAAAAAGCUGCAAAAGUAAUCCCCAAUUCUUCAUUACAAGUUCCAACAAAAGAGCAAAAACUAUAACUCUCCAUAUCCAUGGGCUUGAUGAUCUGGACAGGAAAUCAAUGUGCGAAGAAGCGUUAUUAAAAGUGAAAGGCGUCAUCAGCUUCACUUUUCAGAUAGCCCUGAGGAGGUGUACUGUUCGGGUAAAACCUGAACUGGCAACGGAGUGUUUAACCUCAGCCAUUGCAGAAACCAAAGUGCUGAAGGCA